AUGAACAGUUUUGUUGAUUCUCAAAAACAAAACUCCAUGAAAAGGAGAUGGCAAGAAAGACUCUCAGCCAUAGAAAAUCAACCCAACUGUUCAAGCACCAAUUCCACCUUUUAUUCCAGACUACUAGGUACAACUCCAUCACCAUUGACGGGUAACCCUAAAAAGCUCCAAAGCUUUCCUGGCGGUGGUUUGGAUGAUGAUGAUCUAGUCUCCAGUAUGGUCCCACCAGUCACCGUGGUGCUUGACGGCCGUUCGAUCUGCCAGCGCAUCAGCCUCCAUAGUCAUGCCAGCUACCACAGCCUUGCCAAGGCCCUCCGGCAGAUGUUUGUCGAUGGUGACGAUUCUGGCCCCACUUCCGAUAAUGAUGUUGAUCUUUCAAAUGCUAUUCCUGGUCACCUCAUUGCUUAUGAAGACAUGGAAAAUGAUCUUCUUCUUGUUGGUGACCUUAAUUGGAAAAGCAUGGUUUAA